CACCCGGUGACCCGGGUUCGAUCCCCGGCAGCGGCGUAUUUUUUUAUUGUUUUGUUUUUUAAUUUUGUUAUUAUUUUGUUUAUGAGAUGUCCAAGUUUAAAUUGUUUGGGUGACAAUAAAUGUACCUAGUUUGAUAAUUCGGUGGUCACUGUUUGAUCAAACUCCUAAUAAUACUCUGAGGAUAAACUUGAUUGAAAAAAAUGAUUCACUUCUCUUACAAUACGACUACCGGGUCCAGGACCAACAAUUUUCAACCAGAAUACAGAACAAUACCAUACUUGAAAUUUCUAAGCCACACUGGAGAUUUUUGGAUUACAAUUACUCGUAUUUUACGCAUAAAUAUCAUUAGAAUUUGCAUGCAUGCUUGUUUGGAGCCCCAUGAUAGAUGUACAUUUUGCAUAAGGAGGAUCGAGCUUAACAAGAAAUGUCAGGGGGAGAUGCGCCUGGUGCGAGGCAGCUUGAUCAAACGCCCACCUGGGCAGUUGGUCUUGUUUGUGCAGUUAUUGUUAUCAUCUCUAUUUUACUGGAGAAAAUUUUGCAUGCUAUUGAACAUUCGUUUAGAAGCAGAAACAAAAGACCGCUAGUUGAAGCUCUUAUGAAGAUUAAAGGAGAGCUUAUGGUUCUGGGGUUUAUAUCACUACUUCUGACGUUCGGGCAGAGCUACAUUGCCCGAAUCUGUAUUUCUGAACAUAUUGCAAACACAAUGUUACCAUGCAAAAAACCAGAAGUCCAUGACAACAAAAAUGCCAGCAAUCGCAGGCUUCUGUGGAAUGAGCAUAGGAUGUUGUCAGGAGGAGGAGGAGGCAAACAUAAGUGCCAUGAGGGUCAACUACCGCUUAUAUCUGUUGAUGGAGUUCAUCAGUUACAUAUCUUCAUCUUCUUUUUGGCAGUGUUUCAUGUUGUUUACAGUGCCUUGACAAUGUUCCUUGGAAGGUCAAAGCUGCGUAGCUGGAGGAGCUGGGAGGAAGAAGCUGCUGCACAGGAUGAACACAAAGGUGUUAAUGAUGCAGACAAAUUCAGGCUUGCACAUGAGACGUCUUUCGUGAGAGACCACACUAGUUUCUGGACAAAAACACCUAUCUUCUUUUACGUUGGUUGUUUUUUCCGGCAAUUCUUUAGGUCUGUUCGCAAAGCUGACUACUUCGCUAUGCGCCAGGGCUUCAUCAAUGUUCAUUUAUCACCUGGAAGUAAGUUUGACUUCCGGAAGUAUAUCAAAAGGUCUUUAGAAGAUGAUUUCAAGGUUAUAGUAGGAAUAAGUCCCCUGCUGUGGGCUUCAGCGGUCGUUUACUUGACUCUUAAUGUUGAAGGAUGGCAGUCUAUGUUUUGGCUCUCUGUCAUGCCGCUAUUUGCAAUUCUGAUCAUCGGAACAAAGCUUCAAGCAAUUAUAUCACAGAUGGCCAUUGAAAUCACAGAAAGACAUGCUAUAGUACAAGGCAUACCUCUUGUUCAAGUGUCUGAUCGAUAUUUUUGGUUCAGUUGGCCUAAGCUACUUCUCUAUCUGAUUCAUCUCACACUCUUUCAGAAUGCAAUCGAGAUAACAUACUUCUUGUGGAUAUCGUACGAGUUCGGGUUGAACUCUUGCUUUCACAGUGACAAAUAUCUUCAGUAUCUAAGAGUUUGCAUCGGGGUUGAGGUUCUGUUUCUAUGCAGCUAUAUCACCCUCCCACUGUAUGCUCUGGUUACACAGAUGGGAUCAACCAUGAAGAAGUCUAUUUUCGACGAACAAACUAACAAAGCACUAAUGUCAUGGCAUAAACAUGCUCAAAAGAAAAAGGCUGAAGGUAAGCCUUCACCUGCACCGCCUGCUCGGAAACUAGUCACCCCGCCUGAUUCACCUCAUGAUUCUCCACAGCACCCAAAUUCCCAUAGGGUAGGUCACGCUUCAAGUGUCGACAUUCCUGAACAACGUUCCCCUUUUAAUAAGCAAUCAGGUGGCGGACUUUAAGGACACUAUGGCAGGACAGAGUUGUCUUUACUACCAGCCUUCUCAUUUACUCAACUUCAGGAUCUUACACUAACGACUACUGUGGAGUUUCAUAGUGGUGCCGUGGUGUAACUAACUUAGACAAAAUUUCGUAGAAUAUCUUAAUGUGGGUGUUUGGCGAUGCAAGAGUACAGUUUCUUUUUUCUUGUUUACUAAAA